AUGUCAGCACAGCAGCUUGUCGAGCGGGUCGAGUCAAGUCUAGCUCGGGGCCGGCUUGUGCGGCAGCAGCGCGACGAGCCGCAGCAGCUUGUCGAGCGGGUCGAGUCAAGUCUAGCUCGGGGCCGGCUUGUGCGGCAGCAGCGCGACGAGCCGCAGCAGCUUGUCGAGCGGGUCGAGUCAAGUCUAGCUCGGGGCCGGCUUGUGCGGCAGCAGCGCGACGAGCCGCAGCAGCUUGUCGAGCGGGUCGAGUCAAGUCUAGCUCGGGGCCGGCUUGUGCGGCAGCAGCGCGACGAGCCGCAGCAGCUUGUCGAGCGGCAGCGCGACGAGCCGCAGCAGCUUGUCGAGCGGGUCGAGUCAAGUCUAGCUCGGGGCCGGCUUGUGCGGCAGCAGCGCGACGAGCCGCAGCAGCUUGUCGAGCGGGUCGAGUCAAGUCUAGCUCGGGGCCGGCUUGUGCGGCAGCAGCGCGACGAGCCGCAGCAGCUUGUCGAGCGGGUCGAGUCAAGUCUAGCUCGGGGCCGGCUUGUGCGGCAGCAGCGCGACGAGCCGCAGCAGCUUGUCGAGCGGGUCGAGUCAAGUCUAGCUCGGGGCCGGCUUGUGCGGCAGCAGCGCGACGAGCCGCAGCAGCUUGUCGAGCGGGUCGAGUCAAGUCUAGCUCGGGGCCGGCUUGUGCGGCAGCAGCGCGACGAGCCGCAGCAGCUUGUCGAGCGGGUCGAGUCAAGUCUAGCUCGGGGCCGGCUUGUGCGGCAGCAGCGCGACGAGCCGCAGCAGCGCGAGCGCCAGCAGCUUGUCGAGCGGGUCGAGUCAAGUCUAGCUCGGGGCCGGCUUGUGCGGCAGCAGCGCGACGAGCCGCAGCAGCAGCGCGACGAGCCGCAGCAGCGCGAGCGCCAGCAGCUUGUCGAGCGGGUCGAGUCAAGUCUAGCUCGGGGCCGGCUUGUGCGGCAGCAGCGCGACGAGCCGCAGCAGCGCGAGCGCCAGCAGCUUGUCGAGCGGGUCGAGUCAAGUCUAGCUCGGGGCCGGCUUGUGCGGCAGCAGCGCGACGAGCCGCAGCAGCUUGUCGAGCGGGUCGAGUCAAGUCUAGCUCGGGGCCGGCUUGUGCGGCAGCAGCGCGACGAGCCGCAGCAGCUUGUCGAGCGGGUCGAGUCAAGUCUAGCUCGGGGCCGGCUUGUGCGGCAGCAGCGCGACGAGCCGCAGCAGCUUGUCGAGCGGGUCGAGUCAAGUCUAGCUCGGGGCCGGCUUGUGCGGCAGCAGCGCGACGAGCCGCAGCAGCGCGAGCGCCAGCAGCUUGUCGAGCGGGUCGAGUCAAGUCUAGCUCGGGGCCGGCUUGUGCGGCAGCAGCGCGACGAGCCGCAGCAGCGCGAGCGCCAGCAGCUUGUCGAGCGGGUCGAGUCAAGUCUAGCUCGGGGCCGGCUUGUGCGGCAGCAGCGCGACGAGCCGCAGCAGCGCGAGCGCCAGCAGCUUGUCGAGCGGGUCGAGUCAAGUCUAGCUCGGGGCCGGCUUGUGCGGCAGCAGCGCGACGAGCCGCAGCAGCGCGAGCGCCAGCAGCUUGUCGAGCGGGUCGAGUCAAGUCUAGCUCGGGGCCGGCUUGUGCGGCAGCAGCGCGACGAGCCGCAGCAGCGCGAGCGCCAGCAGCUUGUCGAGCGGGUCGAGUCAAGUCUAGCUCGGGGCCGGCUUGUGCGGCAGCAGCGCGACGAGCCGCAGCAGCUUGUCGAGCGGGUCGAGUAA